UGUCUUUAAGACCAGCGUUUACGUAGCAGCUUAUCAUUGUGCAAAAUUAUCCAAGUUUCGCGGCAUUUAAAUAUAUUUAUGUUCGUAUUCUCCUUUUAAAAAAUCAAUUACGAUUGCAAAGAGGCUUUAAUAUAUCGAGAUCUGUUGCAUUGUUCGAUUUGGAACAAGUGCUUUGGCCCUUGGGUAAAACGUGAUUAUUGUUUGAGGUCUUGAACUCGUGGAUUUGCUUUCCGUCCGGAAAAAAUGGCGGUGAAACCAGCCAGUUCUACCACUGUUGGAGCCUCUCCGCGUGGAGGCACUCGUCCCGCAGGUGGCAAAGCAGGAGCCGGAGAUGCAGGCAGAGCUAGGAAGACGGGCGGCUCCGGAACAGCUGGAACACGUACAACGCGAACUGCAAAUGCUGGUUCCAGUGGCAUGUGGCGAUUUUACUCUGAUGAUUCUCCCGGAGUGCGAGUUGGACCCGUUCCAGUCUUAGUCAUGAGCCUACUCUUCAUCGCAUCAGUUUUUGUUUUGCAUAUUUGGGGCAAAUAUUCCCGUGGAUGAAAGGUUUUCUGUUGUGCAGGUUUUAACAUUCGAUUUUGUACACUCGAGUUAACCUAUGCGUUUCAUGGUUUUAACAGCGGGUUUUAACUGAUUUGAAUGAUAUUUUAUUUGAGCUGAUCCAUAAUUAGUACCACCAUUUUGUGGUCUCUCAUGUUUUUCGGUGUUAUAGUUGUACAAUAAUAUAUGCGGACAAAA